UUCUUCCCAAAGGUAUUUAUCUGACUUCAUCUCCCUAUUCAUUCCAGUUCUCCCCAGGGUCCUCUGAAGAAAGACAAGUUUAACCCACCAGCAUGGAAAACAGACAACGCAAGAUCAUCUAUGAAAAUGCCCCCAAAGAGGUGAUAUACGAAGAACCAAAAGAAGAGAUUUAUGAAGAACCAAAGGAGAGGAUAUACGAAGUCCCCAAAGAAAAGUUGUACAAUGACCCAAAAGAGGAGUUGUAUGAAGUCUCCCAGGAGGAGAUGUACGAAGUUUUGAAAAGGGAGUCCUAUGAAGUCUCACAGGAGGUGAUGUAUGAAGUUCCAAAAGAGGAGUCAUCUGAAGUUUCUGAGGUCUCAGAGCAGGAGGUGUUUGAAGCUGCUGAUCCUUCAGAAGAAAAUAGGGGGAGUGUUGCUGAUCAGAUCGAUGGAGAGGAAAUGUCUUCUACUGUUCAAGUCUAUUAUAACUCCGAGUCUUAUAUGGGAGAUGACCAGGGAGAUGGCUCAGCCUUCUCUCAGCACAGUGCAGAAGAGGAGUGCCAGCUCCAGGAGGAAAUACAGAUACUAGAUUCUAUUUGGGAAAAGCAACAAAUGGCUAGGAGCAUUUCGAGGGACAAACAACCUUCUCCCACUGGAUUUCCCCUGAAAGGCAGAGGCUUCUCCACUGAUUUGAUUUCACCCACCAGCAAUAGAGCCCUGACCUUCAACCAUCAGGAGGAAAAUAACAAUUUUCCAAAGGAGUUGGAGAUCUCCCUCUUUAUCAAGGCUGGAAUAGAUGGGGAAAGCAUUGGAAACUGCCCCUUCUCUCAGCGCCUUUUCAUGAUCCUCUGGCUGAAAGGGGUUGUGUUCAACGUCACCACUGUCGAUCUGAAGAGGAAGCCAGCUGAUCUGCACAAUUUAGCCCCUGGGACCCAUCCCCCAUUCCUGACGUUCAAUGGGGAGGUCAAGACGGAUGUCAAUAAGAUUGAAGAGUUUCUAGAAGAGACCUUGGCGCCUCCAAAGUACCCUAAGCUGGCUGCAAAAUACCGGGAGUCCAACACAGCAGGGAUUGACAUUUUUUCCAAAUUCUCUGCCUACAUUAAGAAUACGAAGCAGCAGGACAAUGCCAACCUCGAAAGGGGCUUGACGAAGGCUCUGAAGAAGCUGGAUGACUUUCUGAACACCCCUCUACCUGAUGAAAUCGACGCCAGCAGUUGCGGAGAUGAGAGGAAGGUGUCCCGACGCAAGUUUCUAGAUGGGGAAGAGCUGACGUUGGCUGAUUGCAAUCUGCUGCCCAAACUUCAUGUGGUCAAGAUCGUGGCCAAGAAAUAUCGCAAUUAUGAGAUACCGGCAGAGAUGGCGGGCCUAUGGAGGUAUCUGAAGAACGCUUAUGCCCGGGAUGAAUUCACCAACACCUGUGCAGCGGACAAAGAGAUCGAGGGGGCCUAUGCUGACGUAGCCAAACGACUCAGCAAGUCCUGAACAUCGUUUCCACAAAGGACUCAUUCUCCCCGAAGGACCCCUGUCUCACAGACUCCUCUCCUUGUUGCCUUGAGAAGCAUCACUCUCGUAUCAGAUUGAAAUCAGGACUGCAGCAUGCUGUCUAUAAUGAAGGGUUGGAACUGAACCAGCAUACCCUGGAGGAAAACAUGAAGUUUGGGGCAACAGAAACCAUAAUCAAUUCCUGCUCCGCUGAUGACUAAAGAUGUAUUAUUGGGCAGGUUAGGGUUGUGCAAUGUUGACUCUUCUUCAUCUAUUUUCAAGUCUCAGAGACCAUCUACGCAAGCCACCUUAACAGACCUCAUCAGAUAAAGUACUGCUGAAGCCACGGGGAGCAAAGUGAUUGAGAUAAAGGGACACGGGGAGGGUUGGCUUUUGUGCCGAAAUGCCUUUGGCCAAUGUAUUUAAGCAACUUUUUGACAUCCGGCCCUGAAUGAAUAGGGCAGCAGAUAUUAAGAAUUGCAAAGUUCCGAAUCAGCUUGUGUAGGGAGAAGGCUUUGUUGAUUUUAACAGGCUGGCAAGUUUUGAGCUAAUCUUUCACUCAGCCAAGACCAGGGAAGAAAAGAGAGCAAGCAUGUGCUUUCAGAUUUUAAUUAUUAGGGAGU